AGAAAGUGCGAAUAUUUCGAAUCCGGAUGCCUUUUUGUUCCGUUAUCUCAUUUUAUAAACAUUUAGUAUAGUUAAAUACGAAAUGAAACAUAUUUUGGUGUUAAUUUUAGUUCUUGUUAUGAUACUUCUUAGUGAAAGUAGAGAGCUGGGCGAAGAAAUGAAAAUGGUUAAAAAAUCGGUAUCCAAGUGGGCUAAAACAAUAGGUUGCAAAUUAACUAAUUUAAGUAGAAAAAUGACAAGAGAAGAAGAAGUCAAGAAGAGUUUUAGUGUGUUAAAAAAUAAAAUUAUUCGAGACGAUGCUGCUGAUCUAGUCCAUGAUAUUGCUGGAGAUAUUGAAACAAUGAUGAAAAAGAAAGAAGAAGCUGUACAUAAUAUUGCUGAUUAUAUGGAAUUCAUACACUAUCAUCGAAACGACACACCCCUAUUUGAAAAUGGUACCUACUAUUACUUCAAUGCAGACAAUUUAACUAACGUUGAAAAUACAUCGGAAAAUUUGGAAAAUAUACGUCGUAUAGUUUUGAAUAAUGAAUGUCACUGGAAGUGCGAGCAACCAACUAGCUCAAAUUUGAAAAACAACCGAUUCGUUGAUCUAAAGAGGCGUGUUCAUCUUUUCGAUCGAAGAGAAAAUGAAGAAAGUAGGGAGUGUAAUUGUAUACACCCUCCAAUGAAAGAGAGGAGUCCGCUAACUUAUCUCAAGCUUCCUUUAAGUUACGAUCCUAAAUUUCAGGAGAAAGUUAAUAUGGAACUGAGUAUUGCAAAACUAGCUCUGAAUGUUUAUCAAAGAGAGCAAGAUGUUUUGGAAGGUUUGAGAUGGUCCGAGGCUUUAGACUUGGUAUUCAAAGAAAAUGCUAGGAAUGAUCCUACUUUAAUUUGGCAGUAUUUUGCCAGUCCCAAAGGAUUUAUGCGUCACUAUCCUGCUGUGAAAUGGUCGAACGAACAGUACACGAAAACAUACGAUUUCCGUACACGUACGUGGUAUACGGAAGCUUUCACGUCUCCUAAAGAUAUAAUAAUCUUAAUCGAUAGAUCAGGCUCAAUUAUUGGAACAAGACGAGCAGUAUCAGAUCAAAUUGUGAAUCAAAUUCUCGAUACACUUAACGACAAUGAUUUUGUUAACAUAUACACUUUUGCUAACUUUACUGAGCCGCUUGUGAAAUGUUUCAACGAUACGCUAUUUCAGGCUAACGAAGAAAACUUACGUUUACUUAGACAAGCGGUGCCAGUGUAUGAAGAAAUGUUUGUAGCAAAUUUAACCCUUGGUAUAGAUAAGGCUUUUGACAUUUUGGAAAAUUUCAGAAGAACAAGAACAAGCGCCAAUUGUAAUCAGGCAAUAAUGCUUAUAACGGAAGGUCUUGAUUACGAUUACAAUAAAGAGAUAUUUUCCAGCAGAAAUUGGAAAAAAGGUUUCCCUGUAAGAAUUUUCACUUAUCAGAUAGGACAAGACUCAACGGACGCUAAAGAAUUAGAAUGGAUUGCUUGUUCAAAUAUGGGUUAUUGGGGAAAUAUGACUGUUAUGGGUGACAUAAGAGAAAAAAUGCUCCAAUAUCUAAACGUAAUGUCCCGUCCAAUCAAUUUAAGUAAUAAUAAAAACCUAACCUACAUUUGGAGUUAUCUCCAUGUAGAUCUCGCAGAUAGGAGGUUAUCAAAUUGGUUAUGGAAAAAAUUUGAAGGAAUUAGACAAAGAGAUGUAUUUUUGGAUCAUAUUAAAAGAGUAAUUUUCAGAACCAAAAAGAGGCUUACAUAUGAAAAUCAUGUUCUUCUACAGGAAACUUACACCUAUCAAACGUAUUUGAAAUAUCAGAAGAAAACAAUGGAGUAUAAAUAUAUGACAACAGUAUCUUUACCUGUUUAUGCAAGGAGAAAAAAUGAGUACGAACUCCUAGGAGUUGCGGGAGUGGACGUUCCUCUCAAGUUAUUUAAAGCACUUAUUCCAUAUGAGAGGCUUGGAGUCAACGGUUAUGCCUUUAUAGUAACAAAUAAUGGCUAUAUCCUCUUCCAUCCGGAUCAUCGAACAGAGUUUCAGUACAUUUUGAAGCCAACAUUCAAUAGGGUGGACAUUUUGGAAGUUGAAAUAUUAAAUGAUGACCAGGAACCACGAUUAUUUGGUGAAGAGGUCGUCAAGUUUCGUGAAAAACUAGUCAAUCAGAACGCCAGUGACCACAUCAACCUAAAUGUUAAAUAUGCUCUUAAUAAUAAUAAGCGGCUCAUGCUAGGAACCAGACACUACUAUUUUGCUGCAGUUGGCCCGUUCACUUUGGGAGUAGUACUACCAGACAAUUAUGGUUUUGUUAUUGUUAAUAAAACUUUAUUAACACGACCCAGCACUAAAACUAGUAAAGAUUUAUUACAGUCAAAAUAUUGGAAAGUGCAUCCAGAUUGGAUUUACUGUGAAAAAUGUAAAGGUGAAACCCCAGAAGCUAAAAUUAGAGAUGCAGUUGAGAAGCGAGAGCACUCAUCACUCCUAAAUUCACUUUUAUAUGACAUGAAUGCAACACAAUGGUUUGAUAAGUACAAGAAAAUGGGCGCCGAAGAGAAACAAUAUGUCAUAGAUUACCAGGUACAUAAGGUAUUCUUAGCAACUUACUCGGGUUUAACCAGGUGGGGUAACUUUGGAGAUUUGAAUAAUACUCACGAGGAAGAUGAAGAUAAUUUUGAAACAAGAAAUAAUAGAGCUAUUGACGAGGAUUGGUACAGAAGAGCGGUUGAGCUUAAUUAUAAAGAUGAGGAUAUGUUUAUUUAUGCAGUUCCCUUCGAAACAUCAGGUUAUGAAGACAAUACAAUGAUAACUAGUACAAAGGCCAUAUUUGUAGGACACGGAGACAAUAGGAGUCCAUUAGCUGUCGUUGGCUUACAAUUUAACCACAGGGAAAUGUACGAAUGGUAUAACAAUAUAACAACUAAGUGUGAAGGAAAAAACUGUAGAACUUGUAAACAAGAAGACUUGAACUGUUACAUCUUGGACAAUAAUGCGUAUGUAGUUCUAAGCGACGAACGCGAACAUAUUGGGAGAUAUAUCGGUGACAUUAGACCAGAUAUUUUAUCUUAUUUGAUAGAUGACAAGAUAUUCACACCAUACAAAAUGUACGAUUAUCAAGCUAUUUGUCAAAAGAUACCACCAAAGAAAUUGCCUGAGAUUGUACGAAUACGGAAGAGAAAGGAGAAAAUGGCGAGAAGAAAACCGAAACCUGUUAAAAGCUCAGCUUCUCCAACUUUUCUGAAAAUAAUGAAUCAUUUUAUAUCCAUAAAAAAUUGGUUUAUAAGUACUAUCUACUUACUGAUUAAUAUGGUUAGAGGUCAAGAAGAAGAAGUCUAUAACAGUACUAAAGAAGAAUAUAUUAAUUUCGCAAAGCUUAUAAUAGAAAAGACGGUCCCAACGCCAUGCGAUCAAGAAAUGUGGAUGCUUAAUGUUAACAAUAAAUCGAAAUUUCCUUUCAGUCGUUAUGUCGAAGGAAGUAGAUUUGAAUGCAGUUGGCCUUACGUAAUAGAUAGAAUUCCAAACACGAACCUACUAUUCCUGGCGACAAAUGAUAGAGAUGACGCUUGUAAAACCGGCUUUCCUAAAAUUUACUCCAAUACACCCCAAGAAAUUAUUUACAAUACUUCUUUACCUUGCUAUAUAGCUACUAUGAACAAUUACACCAGAAGAACGUAUAUGAAAUGUUAUAAUAAGAAUGAAAAGGAAGACCAUCUCAACGAGCAUAGCAGAUAUUAUUGCGGACAUACAUGGAAGUAGAGAAACAGUUAUAUCUAAACAAAGAUUCAGUUUAAUUCAAAGAAGUUUGCAUAAGUUGUUUUUUUAAAUUGGCCUCAUGCUUGAAUCCAUAAAUCAAUGCAUAUAAAGAAAAAUAAUGCCAAUACAUUUUUAAUGUGCA